AGACGUUCAAAGGCAAGGUAGCGCGGCAACCUGUCCGCGUUGUUUUUUUCGCAGAGUCAUGAGAACUCUCCUGCUGGCGCUGCUGCCGGCCCUGGCGCUGGCGGACACGCCGUGGCACGUGGGCGUGGGCAUCGCCGACUGUACCGGGCCCGCCGCGGAAGUGGUCAUGAUGGGCUACGCCAGCAACGAGCACCGCACUGCCGGGGUGCACAUGAGGCUUCACGCGCGCGCCUACGUGAUCGUAGAUCCCAGCACCGAGGAGCGCGUGGCCUUUGUGAAUGCGGACACCUGGGCGGCCACGGAGGCGGUGAUCCAAGGGGUGGAGAGCAAGUUGCUGACUUGGUUCCAAGGGCGCUACUACAGCCGCCGGAACAUCAUCGUGGCGGGAACCCAUACGCACCACGGGCCUGCUGGCGCCAGCGCUUACAUGCUCUUCCAGUUUUCCUCCUUCGGCUACGUGGAUCAGUCCCUGCAAGCGCUGGUGGACGGAAUCAGCGAGGCAGUUUGGCUGGCGCACAACAAUGUGAAGCCGGCACACAUUUACACCGGCAGCGGCAUGGUGGACAACAGCACGGUGCCCGGGUGCCCCCAGAACUGCGCGUCCCGGAACCGGAGCCCCACCUCCUUCCUGCACAACCCGGAGGAGGAGAGGACGAAGUACUUCGGGGACGACAACGUGGAUCGGAGCAUGGACCUCCUUAAGUUCGUGGAUGCCGAAACAGGCGAGCCAAUGGGCACCAUCAACUGGUUCGCGGUGCACCCGGUGUCGAUGACGAGUGACUAUGAUUUGAUCUCCGGCGACAACAAAGGCUACGCGGAGUACAUCUUCGAGAAGGAGAUCAACGGGCCCAGCCACCUGCAGCCUGCGGGGCGCGGCCCCUUCGUGGCCUCCUUCGCACAGGGUGCUGCCGGGGACGUGUCCCCCAACAUCUUGGGCGACUUCUGCACCGACACGGGGCUCUCAUGCGAGAAUCAGUACUCCGUUUGCUGGCAGAAUGGCCAGCCCAAGAAUGAGCUCUGUCGCUCACGGGGUCCUGGUCGAGACAGCUUCGAGUCCAUGAAGAUCAUCGGCGAGCGCCAGUACUCCGCGGCCAAGGCCAUCUUCGACCAGGCCACGCAGCCACUAGGCGACGGCCUGGGUUACGCAGCCCGCUUCGUGGAUCUCUCCAAGUACUACAUCGAGAAGAACGGCACUUGGGCUCAGACGUGCUCCCCGUGCCUGGGCACCACCUUCGCGGCGGGCACCGCGGACGGCCCCUCCGCGGUGAACGAGUUCGGGCAGAACAUGACGCCCUCCAAUGGCUUCCUGCAGUUCAUCGCGCACAUGAUCUCUUUGCCCACCGCAGAGGAGAAAGCCUGUCAGGCCCCAAAGAACAUCCUCCUGCAUCCCGGGGGCAUGAAUGUGCCCUACCCCUUCUUCCCAUCUGUCCUGGGCUUUCAGCUGAUGCGCGUGGGGAAUCUGAUUCUCGUGGCGGUGCCCGGAGAGUUCACCACCAUGGCCGGCAAGCGCACCCGCGAGGCGGUGAAGGCGGUCUUCGUAGACGCCGGGGUGGUGAACGACACCGCCAUGGUGGUCAUGAACAACGUGGCGUCCGGAUAUGCGGGCUAUGUGACCACCAUCGAGGAGUACCAGCACCAGCGCUACGAGGGAGGGUUCACGGCCUACGGGCCCCACACCCAUGAGGCCAUGACGGACAUCCUGGUGAAGAUGGCAGAGGACAUGGUCGCCAACAAGAACACCUUCCCAGGCAUGAAGCCGUCCCUGCCCUCCAAGGAUCAGCUUAUGGAGGGCCAGACGGAUGUGCUGGUGGACGAUCCCCCCAUCGGCGGGAGCUUCGGGGACAUCAAGCAGGACGUGGCCGGCGGCGCGCACUCCGCCGGCGAGACGCUGCGGUGCAUUUUGUGGGGGGCGCACCCCCGGAACAAUCUCAAGCGCGGCAGCAGCUUCUUUACCGUGUACCGGUGGCAGCCCAUCAACGCCAGCGAUGGCAAUGCCAACGCGGGCAAGUGGCUGCUCUACGCGGAUGACAACGACUGGGACACCAGGUUCGGCUGGAAGCGCGAAGGCAUCUCUGCGAGCCUGGUGACGCUGGACUGGACCAUCCCAGCGGAGGUGGAGCCGGGGUGGUACGUCUUCCACUACAGUGGGGAUGCCAAGAAGUGGGGCGGCGCCAUCACUCCCAUCUCUGCCUCCUGCAGCAUCUUCGAGGUGGUGAGCUCCGGUGGCUCCGCGAAGAUGGCGGCGAAGAGCGCCCCAGAGGCGGCGGUGCUGGCCCUCGCGGAGCUGAAAGCCGCGCAGACCAAACCGCAGGAGCCGUUGGAGCCGGCGAAGCCACCUUCUCCCCGGCGCCUGCGCGGAAGCGAAGAGCUCCACCAAUGAGAGCUCAGCUCGAGCCUCCGGCGCGGGCGAGCCGGCGAGCCACCGCUUCCGUACCCUCCGGGGACCGGCGGUUUAUAUUACUUCUGUGGCGUCGUUGUUUUUUUAGCGGAGGCAAGAGGAGACA